AUGUUGUCGCGCCCUUCAGCACGGCAAAAUAGACAGCGUGUUCAAAACCUGAACGACAGGCGUUCUAGCGGAUCUAGACUCAUCAUUAACAGUCCAACUCCGGUAUCCUCUGGAGCUGCGGAUAAUGUCUCCCAGAGUAUUCCAUACUCUGAGGACAUUGGACGGAAUCUUCAAGCAAGAUCAGCCAACAGUACUCUGCUAGCUACAUUAAGCAGCGGAGAGCACCGUCUGACUACAUUAACCGCAUUA